AUGGCCCUGGAUAAGAUGAAAGAUCUGAGUCUAGAGAGCUCCGUAACACGCUCUGAAACAGAUGGUGGUGGAGUUCUCCUUCCAAAAAGAGUGUGUGACAGGUGGGAUCAAAUCUGGAACUUCAGAGCCAGACCUGAUGAUCUGCUCAUCGCAACCUAUGCAAAAGCAGGUGUGUGGGAACAGAGGGGAGUGGAAAUGGAAGUGGAGACAGAACUAUCUGCCUGUACUGAAACUCAUGAUUUGCAAUACUUUCAUCAAGACUUGUGACUUGAAAUGUAUAUACAAGGACACUGGAGAAUUACUACAAAACUUUUUGCAGGCUUGGAACUAGCUGAAGCAAUGUCCUCCCCACAAACACUGAAAACUCAUCUCCCUGUACAACAGGUGCCUUCAUCCUUCUGGGAGCAAAAGUGUAAGAUAAUCUAUGUGGCAAGAAAUGCAAAAGACAACCUGGUGUCAUACUCCCAUUUUCACAGAAUGAAUUAAAAUAUGCCUGAGCCAGGAACCUGGGAGGAGUUUCUGGAGAAAUUCAUGGCUGGACAAGUGCUUUGGGGUUGCUGGUAUGAUCACGUAAAAGGAUGGUGGGAAGCAAAAGAGAACCACUGUAUUCUCUACCUCUUCUAUGAAGACCUAAAGGAGGAUCCAAAGCGUGAAAUCCAAAAGGUGUUACAGUUCCUGGAGAAGGACUUGGAAAAUGAGGUUCUAGAUAAGAUCAUCCACUACACAACAUUUGAAAUAAUGAAGGACAACCCCACGGCAAACUACACUUUUCAGCCUCCUGCAGUAAUGGACCACUCAAUCUCACCAUUCAUGAGAAAAGGGACUGUUGGAGACUGGAAGAACCACUUCACAAUGGCACAGAAUGAGAAAUUUGAUGAAGAUUAUAGGAAGUAGAUGGCUAGAACCUCUUUGACCUUCUGCAUGGAGCUCUGAGAAGGGGCAAUAGGGAUUAUUCUCUAUAAUGUACUAGCACUUUUCCCUAUAAAAGCCUCACAAAAUACCUGUGCAUCUAAAAUUACAAUGCCCUAGUUUCCCACACCACUGAUUUCAGACUAGCCACCUUCCUCUGUGUAAAUCUAAUUUUGAGACAAACAUCUUAAUUAAACUAGAGUCAAGCAGCAAUGUACUGUAGAGAAUUUGCAGGAGUCCCUCAAAACCCCACCCCCCAAUUAAAGAGGUGGCUGGGAUGAUUUCCCUGUUGGAAUUUAUCCCCUCAUCUCUAACUUUUAUUCUUGGUGUUCAUAAAAUUCUUCUGAAGAGCA